GCGGAGCAGCUCACCGCGGCGGGUCGGGGGUCGUCGGCGUCGUGGUGGUCGCGGUCGCGGUCGUCGCCGGGCGUGAGGAUGGCGGAGCUGGGGAAGAAGUACUGCGUGUACUGCCUGGCCGAGGUGAGCCCGCUGCGGUUCCGCUGCACCGAGUGCCAGGACAUCGAGCUGUGCCCGGACUGCUUCUCCGCCGGCGCCGAGAUCGGGCCGCACCGGCGCUGGCACGGCUACCAGCUGGUGGACGGCGGACGCUUCACCCUGUGGGGGCCCGACGCCGAGGGCGGCUGGACCAGCCGCGAGGAGCAGCUCCUCCUCGACGCCAUCGAGCAGUUCGGCUUCGGGAACUGGGAGGACAUGGCGGCGCACGUGGGGGCGUCGCGGACCCCCCAGGAGGUGAUGGAGCACUACGUGAGCAUGUACAUCCACGGCAACCUGGGCAAGGCCUGCAUCCCGGCCACCAUCCCCAACCGGGUGACGGACCACACCUGCCCCGGCGGGGGCCCGCUGUCCCCGAGCCUGACCACCCCGCUGCCCCCCCUGGACAUCUCGGUGGCCGAGCAGCAGCAGCUGGGCUACAUGCCCCUGCGGGACGACUACGAGAUCGAGUACGACCAGGAGGCCGAGGCCCUGAUCAGCGGCCUGUCGGUCAACUACGACGACGACGACGUGGAGAUCGAGCUGAAGCGGGCCCACGUGGACAUGUACGUGCGCAAGCUGCGGGAGCGCCAGCGGCGGAAGGACCUGGCCCGGGACUACAACCUGGUGCCCGCCUUCCUGGGCAAGGACAGGAAGGAGCGGGACCGGGCCGGCCGGCGCAAGGUGACCAAGGAGGAGAAGGAGGUGCGCCUCCGCCUGCGGCCCCUCUACCAGUUCAUGUCCUGCAAGGAGUUCGACGACUUCUUCGAGAACCUGCACAAGGAGAGGGUGCUCCGGGCCAAGAUCCGCGAGCUGCAGCGCUACCGCCGCAACGGCCUCACCCGGAUGGAGGAGUCGGCCGAGUACGAGGCGGCCCGCCACAAGCGCGAGAAGAGGAAGGAGAACAAGGCCGCCGCCGCCGCCGCCUCCGCGGCCUCCUCCUCGGCCUCCUCGGCCGCCACCGCCGCCGCCGCCAAGAAGGGCCGGGAGGACGGGCGGGAAGGGGACCUGGCCGGCAUGGAGAACCUGCCGGGGUUCGAGCUCCUGUCGGACCGGGAGAAGGUGCUCUGCGGCUCCCUGGGGCUCAGCCCGGCCCGCUACCUGACGGUCAAGACCAUCAUCGUCAAGGACCACCUCCAGAAGCGCCAGGGCAUCCCCUCCAAGAGCCGCCUCCCGGCCUACCUGGACAAGGUGCUCAAGAAACGGAUUUUCAACUUCCUCACCGAGAGCGGGUGGAUCUCCAGGGAGGGAUCCUGA